AUGGCAGACUCGCCAUCCAGUGGCGGGCGACGGGAAGGCCCGUCCACUGCGGGGGAUCCUAUCAACUGCCCCAGUGGGUGCAAGCUUCGACAUCAGCUAGGCGACGACCUCAAUACGGCGUCCUGCCAUUGCGACGAAGGUUACUAUGACAGGGAGCGACAAGUCUUUUAUUCCGGCAGCGACGUCCGCGACGGAAAGUCUCCAGAGACCCGUAGACAAUACCUGAAGCGUAUCGCAGGUACCGAUGCGGAUCCCAACAUGAACCGUCAAGGCGAUUAUUUUAUACCAAGAGAUGGAAUAAGAUACGACGUUCUGAAGCGUCUGAGAGAGAUCUAUUUUGUCAAGGAAGCUCAAAUAUGGGAGCAUGAGCUAAACGACCAGGAAGGCUGGCUGAUUCGGGCACACAGACGAAAUUAUCCGUGGAAGGCGAUCGUCGAGUAUCUGCAGCAAGAAAGUCGAUAUCAGGACGACACAGGUCAUCCCUGCACCGAGAGAGCACCACUCUCCGGCGCAUUAAGGUCCAGACGGCCUUCAGAAACACAGAUAGCUCUCCCAUCAGCAGGUGCGGUAGGGACUCAGGCAAGCUCCAGCUAUUCUACCGCCGUGUCAUCUGCAAGGUACCCAUCGAGAUAUUCGUCACAAGGCGAAACAACUCAAGCGUACACGCAAGCUCGACAGGGCACCUCAGAAUCAGCUGGCGCAGGGUCGGGCUCACCUGUGACCUCUACAGCAAGCGCGUUCCCUCUGCAUUUGUUCACUCCCCCCCAUAGCGCUCCAGGCCUACCACGUCCGCAAAGAGGGCAGACCGGGGUCAUGCCUCCGAUGAGUCGCACUGACAGAGAACAGCUACCUAUUCGUCCUUCUCAAGACGCACCGUGGACCCCGAUUGGCCUCAUGUCAGAAAGAACACAAGCGAGGAGCUACAGAUCAUCACGUGCUGGCGGCGAGAAUAGCAAUGAGGAUGACGCCGACGAACAUCCCAGCUCUGAGAGCCGGUCAUAUGCCACCACCAGGGCUAUUGAGAAGCGGCAAAAUGUUAACUUUUUGCAUGACAUGUACAGCAGUGCAGGUCAACACAGUCUAGAAGAAGGCGCUAGUGGGGCUAACUACAUCCCCAUAAGUCGGAGAAGAGAAACCCAACCGCCGGUCGCAGACAGAAACGAUGGACGAGAAUCCUCGCGUGAUGAUCUCAGUGAUGUGCCUAGGGCCUUGACAGAGCCCGCAGAUGAGACUCCCUCCCAGACCGCACGGCCUCCAAUUACGUCGUCAUUACCUCCGCGGACAAAAGGGACGGCUGCGGAUGAAAAACAGAAGAGAAAGGGUUCGAGGCGAUGA